AUGGACACGACGUACGCUGAGGCUUUGAACAACGGCUGGACCGAAAUGGAGACGACGCAACCGAUCGGAGGUCUCCGACUUCCAACUCAAAACAUGGACCCUCCCGAGCAGAAGGAGGAGUGCCGCAUCGAACUGUCGAGGAGUGAGCAAGGAGCUCUUUGAUGAAAUCAUGUGAUUCGUUUCAGUGAAAUUGGAAAACUAUGCGGCUCCAAUCGAACGACAGAGUGUUAUCACCAACUCAAGUGCGAUGAAUUACGAGACGAAAGUCGAACCUGCCGCUACUACUCGUAGGUUCAAUGUGCAAAGUGCAGAAACUUACCGAAAUACUGUAGAAACCACGUAUACUACCAGCUUUGAGUAUCCAAGCAGUGCAUUAGGAAUGAUUGACCAAACGAUGGGAGUGAAUGCGGCUUAUUACCUACCGUAUACCAUCAACACUGGUGCUAUUGGAACGUUCAACGCGUUUUCGACUCCGAACAUCUACGAUCGGACCAUCACUUAUGACACUAGCAAUCUUCCUACUAUCAACAUCCCGACUUACACGACUCAACCAACCUAUGAGUGCGUUAAGUGCUCUCAAAACUGUGCAGCCGGAGCAAAAGCAGUGAACGGAGGGUAAGGACGCGUUUCCCAACAAGAUUAAGAGAAAUAAGUGUUCAGAAUGAUGUGUGCUUCCUGCUCGAUUUCUAUUGCCAAACCGGUAACGUAUUCUCCGCCUGUCAUCUACGCGACUACCAUCACCCAGCCACCAAUUCUGGAAGUGGCUGAGUCGACGCCAUCCGUCAAGAUUCCAAAGCAGUCCAACAAGAAGUCGAACCAAACCAUUAGAGGAAACAAUGUAAGUGUGAACGUUUGCUGAUUUUACUAUUCGAGUAGGCCCAGGGAUCUGCCUCUCGCCGCCAGGGCCUCGUGUGCUCUAACUGCAAUGGAACCAACACCACUCUUUGGAGAAGAAACGCCGAAGGAGAUCCGGUUUGCAAGUAGGAGCAAUCGACAAGCAAACGGAAGAUUACACAUUUGAACUUUCAGUGCUUGCGGACUCUACUACAAACUUCAUCACAUUCCUCGUCCGACUUCGAUGAAAAAAGAAGGUGCUUUGCAGACCAGAAAGAGAAAGUCCAAGAACGGAGACUCCACACCGUCAUCCACGAGAACCAGAGAGAAGAAGACCGAUAGAAGUGCCCAUUACGCGGAAAAGAACACGAGAGCAUCGGUGCGUCGGGCUGGAAGCGCUAAAGCGGAACGGGAGCUGAGCACGGCUGCGGUCGCCGCGGCCACUGCGUACACCUCUCACUCGGAUCUCUACUCCACUAUUCCGACGUCGACCGUGACUAUCCAGGAUCAACCUUCUUAUUACUAUCCGUACGCGGCUGGACUUAUGAUGGGUAAGAAAUGUGUCCCACCAUCGUUUGACAAUAUCCAUUGUGUUACAGAUCCUAGCCAAAUCUAUAACACUGGCUACUCGACAACUCUCUUCAGACCCGACGUGAGUAUGACGCUGUUCGGAAAUUCAUCGCUUGCCCCGAGACCGGUUGAGUACUUUCCCAUUCUCCCUUCUUCGUCCGAAUUGGACUCUUUCUCCUCUGUCGCUUUUCCCAUAAGCUUUGCUCAAAGGUUCUGUUGUUCUCAUACAAUGGUUUGUUUUCAGAAUAUCCAAGUGCACGUGAUGCCGGUGCAGGACGAAGAGACCAAGAAUGCGGCCAGGGACUUGGAAGCCGUCGAUGCGGAGUCAUAA